CGGCAGCCGGGGCAGCGGCGCUGAGCGCAGCGAGCGCGGAGCCGGCGAGCGGCGGAGCCGGAGCGCGGCGCUGCCUGCGGUCCGGGGCGCACCACGCUGCGUGGGCGGGGAGAGAGAGAAAGGCAGAGGGAGAGACUCGCAGACAGACAGUACAGCCCGGGAGCGCGGCAGAUAAAGGACGGAGCACGGGGAGAGAGGAGCGAGCCAGAAGGGGAUCCAGGCAGGCGCCGGGAGCGGACGGGCAGAGGCGGGCGGAGCGGCGGACCGGGCCAGGACAGGAGGCGGCCGGCGGGUCGGGCGGUGCCGCCGCGGCCACCGCGCCCGGGCAGCAGCGCGGCGCGGCGGCGGAUCUCCUCCCGCGGCGGAGGCGGAGGAAGAGACCAUGUCUUUCAGGAAGACAGUCACUGUACUGUAACAGCAGCGUAUCCGCAGCAAAAUAAACAAACCGGCCAACCAAAAAUACCAAACAAACAAAAAUAGCCCGAGCCGCCAAGACGCUGGGGGCAGAUCCCGUUUGCAGGCAAGGUUGACUAUGGUGCGUCAAGCUCUCCGAAGGACCAGCAUGGAGAUUGGCACUCUGAACUGUUAAUGGGGACAUGGGACUCACGUCGCCGUUGAUCAUUUGUGUGGACUUAACCAGCAAAGACCAACAGAAGACACUAGAAAGGCAGUUGGAAUUAUAGCAGUUUUUCAGGUCACCAAAUUUUGUUAUUUUAAUUUCUGUCUGGAAGAAUGUCUGAGCAAGGUAAAUUGAACCAGGAGACAGCAGAAGAAGCUGCAAAAGAGCAGGAGACUGCCAUCUCUGAAGCCAACCCGGACAACUGUGUUCUUAAUAAAUCUGAAAGCUCAGAAGUAGAGGAGGAGAAGCUCAGUGAUUCCAAGACAGAGCUGCAGGUGUUACUGCCAACAAAAAGUUGUUAUGCAAAGCCUAAGAAGAAACGAGGGGCGAAUCAGAAAAAGAGAUCCAAGUCAGGAGCUAAGGGAAAACUCGUGCGGAGUCUUGCUGUCUGUGAAGAGUCAUCCCCUCGCCCGGGAGCAGAAAAUCUUCAUGACAACCAGGAAUCAAUCCAACUGCAGCUUUCAAGUUUUCCUAGCUUGCAAGAAGAAGAUAAAUCUAGUAAAGAUGACUCCGAGAAAGAAAAAGAGAAGGAUAAAAAUAAAGAUAAAAACAGUGAAAAAAGCAAGAUCAGAAUGUUAUCAAAAGAUUGCAGUCAAGAGUAUACAGACUCAACAGGCAUAGAUUUGCAUGAGUUUCUCAUUAACACAUUAAAGAAUAACCCCAGGGACAGAAUGAUCCUCUUGAAAAUGGAACAGGAAAUUAUUGAUUUUAUUAGUGACAACAAUAAUCACUAUAAAAAGUUUCCUCAGAUGUCAUCAUAUCAGAGGAUGCUAGUGCACAGAGUGGCAGCUUAUUUUGGAAUGGAUCACAAUGUGGAUCAGACUGGAAAAUCUGUAAUUAUCAACAAGACCAGCAAUACAAGAAUACCAGAGCAAAGGUUUUCUGAACAUUUAAAAGAUGAAAAAGGUGAAGAAUCCCAGAAGCGAUUUAUCUUGAAGCGAGAUAACUCUAGUAUUGAUAAAGAAGACAAUCAGCAAAACAGAAUUCUUCCAUUUAGAGAUGACAGACGAAGUAAAUCAAUUGAAGAGAGAGAAGAGGAGUAUCAGAGAGUGAGGGAGAGAAUAUUUGCACAAGAUUUUGCUCCCAGGAAAACCUUUUUGUGGAAAACAGGGGAGAUUGGGGCAACAAAGAUGACACAGUUGUUCACACUUCCAAGUCAGCACGGAAAGCACUCAGAGGCUGCACUGCCAAGGGUAGGGCUGUUGGAAGACAGUAGCAUAUGCAAUGAUAUGCAUAAGAAAAGACAGCUGUUUAGGGGCAACAGAGACAGCAUUGGGAAGACAUCUGGCAGUCGACAGAGCAGUACAGAGAACGAAUUGAAGUGGGCAGACCACCAGAGGCCAUGGAGCAGCACAGACUCGGACAGCUCAAAUCGAAAUUUGAAGCCAGCCAUAACAAAGACAGCCAGUUUUGGUGGGAUAACCGUCCUGACAAGAGGAGAUAGCUCAUCAAGCAACAGAAGUACCGGCAAACUGUCUAAAACAGGUAGCUCAGAGUCUUCCAGCAGUGCUGGCUCCUCAGGAUCACUGUCACGAAUACAUCAGCCUCUCCAAAGUGCAUCUCUUGUCCCUGGGGUGACAGCCAAUUCUUCAGGCAGCGUGUCCUACCCUGAGAACGGGAUGAGUGGCCAGGUGGCCCCCAGCAACACCAGCUAUAUCAUUCUUCCGCUUGAAGCUGCAGGAAUACCGCCUGGCAGUAUCCUUCUCAACCCACACACAGGUCAACCAUUUGUAAAUCCUGAUGGGACGCCGGCAAUAUACAAUCCUCCCAGUGGCCAGCAGACAAUGAGGAGCCAGGUGGUGGGACAGUCUCAACAGCAGCCUUCACCCCAGCAGCCUCAGCAAGUUCAACAGCCACAGCAGCAAAUGGCAAGUCACCUUGUCACACAGCCUGUUCAGACAAUGCAGCCAUCUUCUCAGUCGGUCCAAUAUCCAGCAGUUUCUUAUCCUCCCCAGCAUCUCCUGCCGGUCUCUCCAACACAGCAGUUUUCUGUGCGGGAUGACAUGACAGCGCAGUUUAACCAGAUGAGCUUAAGUCGCCAGUCAUCAGGAGACAACCCCGAGUCGCCUUCUGGCCCCGUGUACCCCUCGCCCAUCCUGCAGCAGCCUGCCCAGCAGACAGGUUACAUCAUGGCCUCCCCAAGCCAGCAGCUUCCCCCAGGAGGCUUCACGGGUUCAGGAGCACCGGUGUCCCAGCAGGUGCUGCAGCCGCCGCCCCAGGGCUUCGUGCAACAGCCACCGCCGCCUGCUCAGAUGCCAGUGUAUUAUUACCCAUCUGGUCAGUACUCUACCUCAACAACUCAGCAGUACAGACCCAUUGCCUCAGUUCAGUACAACGCACAGCGGAGUCAACAGAUCCCCCAGACUGCCCAGCAAGCAGGUUACCAGCCUGUCCUGCCGAACCAGCAGCAAGGGUUCCAGGGUCUCAUGGGAAUGCAGCAGCCGCCCCAAAGCCAGAACCUGAUGAAUAAUCAACAGGGGAAUCAGGUGCAAGGCAUGAUGGUGCAGUAUCCAGCCAUGUCGUCUUAUCAGGUGCCAAUGACCCAGGGUUCUCAAGGAUUGCCACAACAAUCAUAUCAACAACCAAUCAUGCUACCUAAUCAAUCAGGUCAAGGAACACUUACAGCCACUGGAAUGCCUGUCUACUGUAAUGUCAUACCUCCUGCCCCACAGAACAACCUCCGGUUGAUUGCCCCACACUGCCCCUCCAAUAACGUUCCAGUUAUUUCUGCCAGCUGCAGGACAAACUGUGCAAGCAUCAACAAUGCAGGGUGGCAGGUCAAGUACUGACACUGUGGCUUAGAUUUAUGAGGAUAGAGGUGCAUUAUUUGACAAAUAAAUCAUGGCCUUCAAAUGAAGAGGAACACAACAGAAUAAUCAGUUGAGGACACGAGUACUGACAAUGCUCAAGUGAUUUGCUGCUGGAAAAACCUGUAAAAAAAAAAGUAAAAUAAAUUUUGAAAAAAAAAUGUUUGCUGGUUAAUGGUGCAUAUUUUUGUCAUGUCUGCUAGGUAUGCCUUUAUAGCUUAGCUAGUGACAUGAAUUCAUUGAGGUAAGAUUUUUUCCUACCACUGAACACCACUGUGUAGAUUGUAAUAUCCCCGAUUCGGAUUAGUUUUGUACUUUGUGUUGAGUUUGUGAAGCUAAAAGUAUUUAAAAAUAUAAUAAAAUCACAUUGUACCAAAGCUGUAAUGGAAAUGAAAAAAAAAAAAGGAAAACAAAAAGAGAAUUACUGAAUGGAAGGAAUAAUUUAUAUACACUAUAGAGUUUUUUUAUGGAUAUAUACUGUAUUGUAGUGCUUAAUCACAAUAAAGCUAUUUGACCUCAUGAAGGAAGGUCAUGUUUCUA